AUGUCCUCACGUAUCUAUAUGCUCAGAAGCACUAUUGAAGAAGCAAAGUUCAUAUUUCGGCAAACUGAGCAGUCAUCUCUAGAUAAUGAAAAAGGGCCAUCUCUACGACUCUACCUGGGCGCCGCGGAGGUCGGGUGCAGCGUCAUCCAAGAGCUCUUUCCGAGUGAAGACCAUGGCGAGGAAGAUGUUGACAGCGUGAGCAAUCCGAGAGUCCACCGUGAUCGAUGA